GUUAUGGAAUUUCAAGACUCUGAAAAGAAUUUCUCAAAGUGGCAAGAUGAGAAUGAAGUUGUGACCUUAAAGGCAGAUGACAUUUAUUUUUAUGAUGAAGAGGCUUAUAGUCGGACAGUACAAGAAGCGCCUUGGUGGAAUGAUCCGCACUAUUUCAAGUGUUGUAAGAUUUCUGCGGUAGCACUUCUAAAAAUGGUCAUGCACGCUAAAUCUGGAGGAAGCUUGGAAGUCAUGGGUAUCAUGCAGGGACGUCUGGAGCCCAAUGGCUUUGUGAUUAUGGACUCAUUUCCAUUACCCGUUGAGGCUACCGAAGUCAGAGUUAACGCUGGUGCUGAGGCCUAUGAGUACAUGUUUCAACACCUAAACAUGAGUCAAAAGGUGAGCCGUACUGAAAAUGCAGUAGGCUGGUAUCACUCACAUCCCGGCUACGGUUGUUGGUUAUCGGGUAUAGACGUAAAUACUCAAAUGCAAAACCAGCAGUUUCAGGAUCCUUGGGUUGCUGUUGUGAUCGAUCCUAUCCGCACAAUUUCAUCCGGUAAAGUUGAAAUAGGUGCCUUUCGCACAUACCCUAAAACUUAUAAGUUUACAAGUGAAGGAUCAAGUGAAUACCAAAGUAUCCCUUUAGAAAAAAUUGAGGAUUUUGGUGUUCACAGCAAGUACUAUUACCAACUCGAAAUAAUAUUGUUUAAAAGCUCUUUAGACAGAAGGCUUUUAGACCUGUUGUGGAAUAAAUACUGGGUCAACUCUCUAUCCACGUCGCCAAACAUUUUGAACAAGGACUUCGCAACGGCUCAAUUCAAUGACUUGGCUGAAAAGCUGAAUCAGGCCAAAACAUGUUUGGCACAAACUACACGUUUCACUCUGAACACUAAAGAAACACAAUUAAAAGAAAUUGCAAAAAAUUGUAACAAGACAAGCGUUGAACAGAUCAACGCCGUUGUAUCGCAAAUUAUUAAAUAUAAUUUGUUUAAAGGUUCAGCUUGUAACGACCAAGCAUCUUAGUACAAAUAUA